CCCAGCGCCGGACGAGGCCCAGCCAGUCUGGGCCUGGCCUGGCCGCCCCGCAAGCCUGCUGGAACCGGAGCCGAAGCCAGAGCCAGAGCCCGAGGACUCGCCGGCCCAGUCUCCGUCCGGGAUGGGGCCCCGCUCCCGGGCGCGUUGCCGCCCAGUCCCGGGGACCGUCCCUACCGCGAGGGUCUGAAGCGCGGCUGUCCCGGGGAGGGUGGAAGGCCAGGCGUGGGGCCUGAACCUCUGGCUGACCUUGGCAGGGCCCAUCUGGCACGGCCGCCGCGGCGCGCAGCCUCAAACAAGUGCUCGCUUCCUGGACCAAGGGAGUAUCCUGAUUUGGAGUCAGAGGCAUCCCCAAGGCUGUAUGUGGCGGGUGCCUGGCUGCAGAUGGUGACUUCUCCUGCCUCAGGAGUCCGGGAUACAGCAGCGCUGGGGAUGUUUUCAAGUCAGCAAACAUUUACUGAGGAUCUACUGUGUACAAGAUGAACAUCUGCAACAAGCCCUCCAACAAGACUGCCCCUGAGAAGAGUGUGUGGACAGCGCCGCCGGCACAGCCCAGCGGACCCUCCCCUGAGCUGCAGGGCCAGCGAUCCCGCCGGAAUGGGUGGAGCUGGCCCCCUCACCCGCUCCAGAUUGUGGCCUGGCUGCUGUACCUUUUCUUUGCUGUGAUCGGCUUUGGGGUCCUUGUUCCCCUCCUGCCUCACCACUGGGUGCCUGCUGGCUACGCUUGCAUGGGCGCCAUCUUUGCCGGCCACCUUGUGGUGCACCUGACCGCUGUCUCCAUCGAUCCAGCAGAUGCCAACGUGCGGGAUAAGAGCUAUGCAGGGCCCCUGCCCAUCUUCAACCGAAGCCAGCACGCACAUGUCAUUGAAGACCUGCACUGCAACUUGUGCGACGUGGAUGUGAGCGCUCGCUCCAAGCACUGCAGCGCCUGCAACAAGUGCGUGUGCGGUUUCGACCAUCACUGCAAGUGGCUCAACAACUGUGUGGGCGAGCGGAACUACCGGCUCUUUCUACAUAGUGUUGCAUCCGCUUUCCUGGGUGUCCUGCUCCUGGUGCUGGUGGCCACAUAUGUCUUUGUGGAGUUCUUUGUCAACCCCAUGCGGCUGCGCACCAACCGACACUUUGAAGUGCUGAAGAAUCACACGGAUGUGUGGUUCGUGUUCCUGCCCGCUGCCCCCGUGGAGACCCAGGCUCCUGCCAUCCUGGCCUUGGCUGCCUUGCUCAUCCUUCUGGGCCUGCUGUCCAUAGCCCUCUUGGGGCACCUGCUCUGCUUCCACAUUUAUCUCAUGUGGCACAAGCUCACCACCUAUGAGUACAUCGUGCAGCACCGCCCACCACAGGAGGCCAAGGGGGUUCACAGGGAGCUUGAGUCAUGUCCUCCCAAGAUGCGGCCCAUUCAGGAGAUGGAGUUCUACAUGCGGACCUUCAGCCAUGUGCGCCCAGAGCCCCCUGGACAGGCCAGGCCAGCAGCAGUGAAUGCCAACCCCUCCCAGUUUCUUGCCACCCGUGGCCAAGCGGAACCUCCACCACCCUCUUCCCCAGACACUCUCGCCCUGCCUCCCCGGAUCCGACCCCAGAAAAAGAGGAAGAGGCGCGUGUAUAAAGUGCAGACGUCUGAAACCUCGGAUCGGGCGUCGGGGCCCAGGACUCCCGGCCGCCGCUCCAGCUCGUCGACGGAUUCCGCGGGCGCCAGCCCUGUGCACGCUGCUGGCCCUGCUGGCGCCUACCACUCGGCGUCGGCAGAGUCCAUGGACGAGAUACCAGUGGCGCAGACGCGCCUGGGCAGCGCCGCUCUGGCCGCCCCACGUGGCCAGGGCCGAGAGCCCACGCUGGCGCUGCAGGCGCGUGCGCCCGCCGUUUUCGUGAGUCCGAGUAGCGGCGAGCCCGGGGCGCCGGGCGGGCGGGAGGCUGGUCUGGCUUAGCUGGGCCGAGAGGCCGGAGGGCCGAGUUGGAGCGGCCGGCCCGACUCUCUAUGCAACACCCCAUCCUUGCCGCACCGAGUGCACUUUAGGGGCCCCUACGGCCGGCGGGAUCGGCCUCCCUCCCCCACGACUCAGCAAUACCCGCCCCACCGGCUGUGAUGCUCCAAUAAACUUUUUUAUGCUUUUGCGGA